AUGGAGCUUCGGGAUGUACUAACUGUCUCCGUGCUGGAUCCGGUCAUCUGCCUCGUGGAAGAUCCCGUAACAAGGACAUAUCGGCCGCGAAACUAUGUUGAAAGUUUAGAAAAACGCGUGGCUCAUCUCGAGAACCUUCUGAAGCAACGCCGUCCAGACAUUGCCAAUAGUGACCUACCUCCACAUGAUAGGAAUCAGCCAGCGUCAUGCACAUCUAAAAAUGAUAGUAUCAAUGAGGAUAACGAUGGCCUUGAGAAUUUGGCAUCAAAAGUCGGCUUACUAAGUCUAAGUGCAGCCGGAGCAGAGCCUCAAUAUUUAGGCACAUCUUCAAUCUUUGCUUUUUCGAGGUUGAUUAAUUCAACCCUUCGACAGGUGGUUUCCCCCGAUCUACCCGCAGUCAACUCGCUCGACGCAUCUGGGAAUCGGUCUUGUCUUCUUCCCUCACCAUGUUUGUUACCUGAUUAUGACUCAGCGGUGCAACUUAGUGAUGUAUAUUUCCAAAAUGUCAAUACACAUUACCCCUUUUUGCAUGAGGCAACAUUUAGGGCUUGGGAGUCAAUGCUUAUUAUGGACGAGUCCGUGGGAAUAGGGAAUUGUCAUCCAAACUCCGUCUCCCUGUUCUUCUUGAAUAUGGUAUAUGCUGUCGGUGCUCUGCUUUUACCCAAUCUCGGAUACUCGGCCGAGAGUCUAUAUAUGUCGGCACUUAUGUACAUCGAUGAUAUACUAGCCUACGACAAUCUAGAAGCUGUGCAGGCCAUCCUGUGCUGUGCAAUAUACUCUGUCAGGUCUCCCACUGGCACUUCCCACUGGAAACUGGCUGGUUUGGCACUUCGCCAGUGCAUUGAUCUGGGCUACCAUCGUAAUACGAAGCACUUUCCACCGUUUGGAGAUGUAUUGGGGGUAGAAUUACGCAAAAGGGUGUUUUGGUGCGCCUACGUUUUAGAGACUCAAGCCGCCGUCAUGUUGGGUCGACCUCUAGGGAUCCCUUAUCAAGAGGUUGAUGCUGAAUACCCAAUCGACAUUGAUGAUUUAUGUAUCAGAGACAAUGAGCUUAUUGGAACACCACGAACAUCACCAGCCGAUGCACCAAACAACAUGACGAGAGCAAUCCAUACGUUUAGGAUUCGGCGCCUGUUAAAUCGAAUUUAUACCCACCUUUACUCCAAACCCGACCCGCGUUGUGUAGGGAAACACGACCGGCAGAGAGACAUUCGAGGUAUCCGUGCUGAGAUAGAAAACUGGCGUACUGAAACUCCGCCCACACCUUCCCACACAAAUGAGGAGCUUGUCUUGUUUACAACAGAAGACUGGUAUGAUUUGGAGUAUUACUACACAAUCUUACAGCUCUAUCGUGGGCAGAUCAUCGAUUACCGGACGGACACUCCGGACAGCGUUUUCCUGGAAUGUCUCGGGGCUGCAGAGAGCAUUUGUCAAAGGUACCGUCGCCAAUUUUUAGGAAAACGGACUAGCUGUACCUGGACAGCUCUACACGAGCUUUUCCUCGCGGGACUGACGUAUCUUCACUGCCUUUGGGCAUCAUCCGCAGCCCGAAAUGCCUGUGGCUACAGGCGAGCAAACACAACAUGUAAUGACUGCAUCAUCACCCUGGUGAUCAUUGCAGAGCGGUGGGAUGCUGCUGCACCUUAUCGGGAAAUAUUUAUGGUGCUCGCUAAUCGAACAAUAUCGAUGAUGAGUGGAAGGGUUAUUGAGAGCGCAUCCACAAACAUGACUUCCUCUUAUCCUGGGGGUGGCGAUGAGGAGGACCUGACGGUGUGGUUGGGAAUGGUGGCUGACGCAGGAGUGCUUCACGGCUAUAACGGACUUUUUGACCGGUCUAAACAGAUAGUGGUACCAUAAGACUCCAAUCUUUUUUUCACGAUUCAUUCCGACUGUAGUUGGC